GCUAACUACAACAGGGACUGGAAUAGGUUUAAAAUCUGUUGUUUACCCCGUUUCUUGUGCCCCCUUCUCGAGUGUUAUGAGUGCUCCGAAUAUCUGCGGCAAGGAGUGGCUGAAACAUCCCAUCUCCGCCGAGGACACGAUGACCCGAUUGGCCCUGAAGUACGACACUAGCAUAGGUCAAUUGUGCCGGGCCAAUCGGAUGCACUGGCAGGAUGUCCUGCAGACACGUCGCCACAUUUGGGUGCCCGUUCGGAGGCAUCAGCCUCAAAUAGAGUCUCCCCAUGCUGACUUUCAGGAAUGCCAGCAGAUCGCCAGCAGGAACGUAACACCCCGAACUUCGACCCCAAAUGGCCACCCGUCCAUUCCACUCGCCAGAUCUGUGACCUUGCCACCCCAUUUCUACCGCCAGAGUGCUCCGAAUCCGGAUCUCUUGGCCGAGGAACGAGAUCCCCUGCUGAUCACCACCAAAAUCAUGUGGGCCAGCUAGAGGCACUCGCUUUCCUUUCGGUGAAAAUUUCAUUAGAAAACCACACUGGAGGAGCUAGCUGACAGGAGCUUCCUGCCUGAAGUCGAAAGUGCCACGACACUGAGAGAAAAAUUUCCAGCGAAUGGAUUGUAUAUUCGAGACUUGCUAACUUUAAGAAGAAUUGUA